UUCGAUGCGACAACAAGCACCCGGGCCGCAAGUAGCUUAGUUUAGUCGGUUGCGCCCGCGCGCGCUUUUUUUGUCUCGAGGAAAUUGAAAAAUUCGCGACCCGCGAUAAACUGCUUUGGCUGCCGGUGAAGGUCAGGAUUGAAUUUUUUUUCGGAUUUCUUUCCUUAAAAAGUAAGAGAGGCUGUGAUAAGACCCGAGAAGGUCAGUCGGCGGAAUGCUUGUCGAUGAUUGAUGGAGAUGGUGUUUAGGGGCUGGGGGUUUGUGAAAAAAAAAACGGUUUUCUAUCGUAGGAAUACAGUCCUGCCAAGUUCAUACAAGUGAUUGAUGGUUUCGGCCGACGCAAGUGAUGUGAAAUGAUCUGAGCUAAAUUUGCAGAUAAUUAUUUCAGAGGGGAAUUUUUCUAGUGCGCAGCGACCAACACAAAGUCAUUUCGGGGUUUAGUGUCAGCACUGUCGGCAACUAUUCGUUUUGGCAGAUGACACUCAACCGAGUACGUUUCGGUGCGAUGGGAUGCAAACAUCCGUCCGUCGCCGGACGCCAACGACAAUUCGCAAAACAAGUGAGAAGCUGUUCCAUGCCGUAAGGAUCAACAACCACAGCUAUCAUAUAUGUUCAAACGAAAAUCUCCGAAUUCUGAAAGACGGCAGCAGACGCCAGUAUAAAAACCCGAGAAGAAUAACCGUUAGAAGAAAUUUUCAUUUCCAUAAGAAAACCGAUUUGUGAUGUCAGCGUCGUCUACUACAAGUGUACAAGUUACUAAGUCGUCGAGGUGAAGGCAUCUCGUCAUUACCGUGGGGGGAAAUGGCAGCCACAGCUUCUAAACAGAGCAAUUUUAUGCCGUUAUGCUCCCGUGAAAAUGACACCGACUGAAGAAAAUUUCUCGAUGGCGGCGACGAACGCGCAACCGUAAUUUUGGUUAAUCUCAAAUAAGAAUCUACGAGCGACGAAAAGUGCCAAAGUCAGGCGGUCAGUGCCCAAACAAAAUUGAAAACCAACCCUCCCGGCAACGUUCCAGUUUAUCAUCAGAAGAGCAAAAAAAAAAGUUCACCAUAAAACACGGGUGCGGAAAAUUAACCAAUUAAGAAUCCUGUUCGACAAAUGUGUAUAUUAGACCGCAAUCAGUUAUAGAGUCCCCCAGACAUCUGUAAGGGAGGAAACAGUUUCCUGCUACAUACCUACUUCUACAUACUAGUUGCGGAUCCAUUGAAUGUGAAUUGCAAUCGUUUCUAAUUGCUGCAUCGAGUCGACGAAUGUAAAUCAUGUGUCAGCACAAGUGUUGCAGCUCCUACUCGAACUACUCCAAUCGAUGGCGGCGAUGUAGUGCUGUUGGAAAAGCGUUGCUGCUUCUACCGAUGCUGUUGUGCAUUUUGGAUCUGACCGAUGGACUUUAUCAACCGACCCAGUGGGCAGCAAAGCCUCCACAAAAACCACCGGAACCGUACUUCGUGACCUCGGCAGCUAGGAAUUCAACGGUCCGCCAGGGUGAUCCGGCUUUCCUGAGCUGCAAGGUCGAACAGCUGGGAUCCUACUCGGUGUCCUGGAUUCGAACCCGGGAUCUGCACAUCCUGAGCGUGGACCGAUACACCUAUACGGCCGAUCAGCGAUUCCAAGCAUUGCACAACAACGAAACAGACGAGUGGAUCCUCAACAUCAAAUGGACCGAAAGGAAAGAUACCGGCAUCUACGAGUGCCAAAUUUCGACGCUACCCGUGAAGAGCUUGGCGUUGUACUUAGUUGUACUAGAUGAAUCCGAACUCGUGCGAAGGCAGGAUGAUAUUCUGUACGAUCUACCGGUGCCAGCCAGUCUACCGAGUGCACUCAGCAUAGGGAACAGUGAUAUUUACAACCGCAUGUACGCAGACCGAGAUUAUUUAUAUCUUGCUGCCACAACACAGAUCCUUGAAGGCACGAUGGUAUACGGAUAUAAGGGAGAAAAUUUGAACCUCACUUGCAUUAUAAAUCACAACUACGACCGAAGGCCAAGUCACGUGAUUUGGUAUCACCAAAACGAUAUUGUCGCUUACGAAUCGUUACGUAAACGGGAAAAAUCCCCGCUGAAUAGCAUCACGGUCGUUCACUUGAUACGAAACGUUGACUUCGAUGACGCCGGGAACUAUACGUGCGCCCCGGAGUCCUACGGCAGUGCCAGCACUAUUGUCCAAAUUUUGGACGGAGAUGAACUACAGGAUGCGUCUCGUAAAAACACAGGAAAUAGAACCCUUACGAUAGCAUUAACUGAUACUUCUUGGCUACUGGCAUUGAGCCUUAAUGUUCUGAGUUUAUAUGCAUUUCUGUACAUUCAAGGGGCCGCUUGAUGAUGAUUAUGACUAAGCUCUUACGCAAUGAUUAAAUGUAAAUAAUUCAUCUUGUAAAUACUGCAAAUAAACGUAGCCUUAGCUUAAUUAAACGAUACACCAAAAUGCAACUAGAAAAUGAUUCAC